AAAAACCGUGUUAAUUUGUAACGCGAGAAUGCGUGACGUUUCCUUAAAAAACGGCUCGUAGUGCAACAAGAUGGGAGUAUUCGAUAACAACCAGAAAUAGUCAGGAACAAUUAAUUAUCACCGAACCAAUUAGUUAACCGGUGAUAUAAUGAAUACGCCGAUUUCGAUGUCGAUGCCGUCGGCGGCGCGUGGGCGCGUGCUAUCGUUUUCAGAGAAGGAGAGAACGGAAGAGGAAACUGGAACUCUGGAAUCGAGUCUGCUGCAGCUGAUCGAUGACAACCGUCGAUCGUCGUUACAGCUCCGGGAAAAGACCGAGAGAUCGAGGAAGGAGGCGAUCAGGCACGCGGCGAGAACGGCGGAUCUGCUCGUGAAGGCGGUGAACGGAGGAGUGGAGGAGUGUUUCGUUAACGAGAAACGGAUUGAGGCGGAGAUAAGAUCUCUGGCGGUGACGGUGGCGCGAUUCGGCAAACAGACGGAUCACUGGCUUGCCGCUACUCACGCCGUUAAUAGCGCCGUUAAGGAAAUAGGAGAUUUUGAGAAUUGGAUGAAGACUAUGGAGUUUGAUUGCAAGAAAAUCACUGCUGCAAUUCGCAGCAUUCACGAAGAUCACUAAGAGCAACAUUUUCUGGAUCUAUUGUGAUUCAUUCGCUUGAUGGGGUUUUGAUAGAGCGAUGAUAAAAUUUCCAGAAUGAUUCUGUAAAGAAAAAACACCAAACUACUUUUAUUGAUCUUUAAAAAUUGGAUCUUGAGUGUUUUGAGAGUCUGAGGAGACAUAUAUACCAAUCCUUUAAUGUU